GUGACGUCAUCAUUUGUGCUGCAGGCAGAAUACUCAGUCGCACAUAAAGGAAAUUUGUCAACAUACAAGUCGACGAGAAGUUAUGGCGGAAUUAAAUCGAAGUCUUCAAGAAUAUCUGGCCCAGUCUAAAGGUGGUGCCAAGACGAUAUCUCAGUCCAGCUCAAGUACGACCAUAGAUAUCGAAUCCACUUCGGUAGCUGGGAGCUGGUUCGGUAGCUGGUCGAGCCCGUUCUCUGGUUCCAGCAGUCGCGGCGGAGGUUCGACAGGCCAAGGGUUAGGCAGCGGCUAUUCCUGGCCGUGGUCUACGGAGCCAGACCCAUGUCUUCCGGGAAUGAGUCGCUCGCAAAGACUGGUCGCUUUCGGAGUGUGUAUUGCGUUCUCAGCGUUGUGCUUUGGACUGUCCGCCCUGUACGCACCCUUGUUGCUGUUGUAUGCGCGCAAAUUUGCCCUUCUCUGGUCUCUCGGCUCUCUUUUCGCGAUUCUGGGAGCAGCGAUACUGCGGGGACCCAGCAAGCUUAUAGCGAGGCCGACUCCCAGCGCGUUGGUGUAUCUGUGCUCUAUUGGAGGUACACUUUAUGCAGCGCUCAGCCUUCACAGCACCAUACUCACCGCCGUCGGAGCCAUUGUCCAGGUUGCCGUAAUCGUUGGGUACAUCGUCUCUUUGCUGCCGGGCGGUAGCGCAGGAAUUCGAUUCAUGGGAGGGAUGGCAGUGUCUGCUAUCAAAAGGACUGUCACGGGUAAAACGAUGCCAAUUUAACCACCACUUCAAUUAAUCCGAACGGAUUUUUGCCCUCUUGUGAAUAGGACUGAAUGACUAGUUUAGAGUGCACUAGCAAAACAAUGUGAUGUCAUAAUGUGGCCCAUGACAAUGGUGUUAAUUCCUUUUCUCUUGUAAUUUACUUCUGAUGGACCAACAUGCCCAGUUAUAUAUCAGAAUAAGACUCAAAUGGAACAGACCAGCAGAGAACUAUGAAGCCUCAUGUCUUUUUUUCAACUAAUAAAAUGUACAAUCUUA